UACUCUGUUGUUGUUUCUAUUAGCAGCCGCCAUUUCUCAUCGUCUCCUCUUCUUCCCUUCAGGUUUCUCCAAUCCAGGAUCCUCUGCUGAUAUCUUCUAUAUAAGAGAAUUCUCCUGGAUGACCCAUCAACCAUGGAGAGAGACAGGAACAAGAUGGCCGACAGGAUCAUAAACCUCACCCUACAGAUACUCUUCCGGCUUACUGGAGAGGAUUACACAGUAGUGAAGAAGUCCUCUAGUGGGCGCUGUCGGGCCCCUGUGUGUGAAGGAUGGGGAAGAACCCUGAGCCCAAUCCCGGGGCCCCCACCUCACUCCCUGAUACAUGAGGAAAUGGAUGAACAGAAGAUCCGAGAACUCAUCAACAAGAUGAUGGAGCUGCUGACUGGAGAGGUUCCUAUAAGGUGUCAGGACGUGGCGGUCUAUUUCUCCAUGGAGGAGUGGGAGUAUGUAGAAGGACACAAGGAUCAGUACAAGGAUCAGGUCAUGAUGGAGGAUCAGCAGCCCCUCACAUCACCAGGUAAUAGACAUGACUAUAUACACACGUCCUCUCAUUAUUUGUAUGUAAAGAAUGAAUUCAGUCUCUCUAUGUGUUCCCUGCAGUCAGAUCCAGUAGAGUUCCGCUCCUUCCUGUCAGUAUUUGGUUACUGAUAAUAAUCCGCACUCACUGCUCUGAGGCCUCAAAGUUACUUAACU